AUGGCUAAAACCAAACUUGGCCCAGCGCUGGUUUUUGAAAGGAAGAACAAGAACUUAUUGAAGAUCCCUAAAAAUGCGCGAAUUGAGAAACGGCCAAUCCCUCAUCCCCCAGCCGCAUCUCCUUAUGCUGGAGCUAACGUACCAAAGGUCGUUUAUGUCUCGACCAAGUCACCCUUUAUAAGCAUUGCAAAACGCGUCCAAAAGUUGUUGAGAGAAGCUGAAAAGCGCGCUACACAGAGUGUUUGCUUGGGGGAUAAGGGGAAAACCGGCAAAGACAAGCUUGCGCAGCUUAAAGGUGCUUCUGAGGCAUUGCGGAAAGAGCCCGUCUUUAUUAAAGCCACGGGGCGUGCUAUUGACAAAGCUAUGAAAGUAGGAAAAUGGUUUGAUGAAAAGGAUGGGUUUACUAUCAAGGUCAAGACCGGGGCAGUCUUGGUGGUAGAUGAUAUUGUUCAAGACGAAGAUGUCAAAGAUGGGCUAGCAGAUAGCACGGAGCGGUCUACAGAUGAAGCUCAGAAAAAUGAGGGUCAAGAACAGCUUGUCUCUAAGCCUGGUGAAAAUAUGGAUGCUACAGGCAAGAAGGGAAACAAGAUCCAGAUAUCGGACGGCAGGCCUAAUUCACCCCUGCCAGACUCGAGAACUCGCUGGGUGAACAUGCUUAACCGAGCCUCUGUUCUUUUCAAUAUCGGUACGGACAGAUAUCCGGUCAGUGCUGAUAGUGGCGAUUAUCGCGAUAUUCAGCUCAUCAACUCAACGAUCCUUUGA